AUGUCAGGAGAACAAAUGCCACAUUCUGCAUUGUCUAGUGCUGCAAAACCGCGCAAGAGAUUUAUUGGCACAAAAUCUGCAAAACCAUCUAGGCCAGGUGUCACCUCGACAGUAGCCAACCAGAUUCCUCCGGAUAUCCUGGACGAUACACAGCUCAAUGCCGCAAUAAAACAAUUACCGACCAACUACUCGUUCGAGAUCCACAAGACUAUUCAUCAUGUCCGUAAACACAAUGCAAAGAUGGUCGCAUUGCAGAUGCCCGAAGGACUGCAGAUGUUUGCAUGCACAAUCGCAGACAUCAUUGAACGAUUCACCGAUGCACUGACUGUUAUAUUGGGCGACGUUACAUAUGGCGCCUGUUGCAUCGACGAUUAUACGGCAGUCGCGUUAGGAUGCGACAUGUUAGUUCAUUAUGGGCACAGCUGUCUUGUACCAAUUGACCAGACGACAAUCAAGACACUUUAUAUAUUCGUCGAGAUUGCCAUCGACUCUACACACCUUGUUCAGACGAUCCGCCUUAACUUUCCCAAUGAUCGUCGACGUUUCCAUGAAGCGCUACUCGAUUCAGAAGAUACAGAUAGCCAGAUUCCCACAGGGCGACCUCUCACACAAAAUAGCCACGUCCGUAUUGAAGGGCCUCCUGCUGAUACGACCAUAAACGGCCCUCAGAGACCCAGAUCUUCGCUGUCAGACCCUUUCUCUGGUGAACGAACACGACUUGCCCUUGUAUCCACUAUUCAAUUCGUAUCGGCCUUGUCACGGCUCAAGGAAGAUCUGACAAUAGAAUACAUUGAGUCUCAGGGACCGAUUUCAGGGACGAUUGAAGGCCCACCUGAUGCGCCUGAUGCAAACAACCUUGUGGUAGGAAAGCCCAACUUGUGGACUGGUCCAUAUCACACCACCAUUCCACGCUCGAAGCCUCUAUCGCCAGGAGAAAUUCUAGGAUGCACGGCACCAAGACUCAGUGAUGUGGAUGCUCUCAUUUAUUUAGGUGAUGGCCGCUUCCAUCUAGAAUCUAUCAUGAUCGCCAACCCCUCUGUUCCUGCGUUUCGUUACGACCCCUACUCCAAAAAACUCACCCGGGAACGAUAUAAUCACACAGAGAUGCGCGCAGUCCGUAAUGAGGCAGUCCGAGUAGCACGGCACAGUGUUGCUGCAUUUGCCUCAUCGUCGAGUACCAGCAGCAGCAUCACGACCUCUCACAGGUCAGCAUCUCCACUCUGGGGUGUUAUUCUCGGUACCCUUGGACGUCAAGGCAGCUUCAAGCAGCUACAGGCAAUAACACAUCAGCUUAGUACAUCGCGCACACCCAUACCGUACAUGCCCAUACUACUCUCCGAGCUUUCACCCGCCAAGCUUGCACUUUUCAACCCGCAUAUAUCGACGUUCGUUCAAACGUCUUGCCCGCGACUGUCGAUCGACUGGGGUUAUGCAUUUGAUCGACCACUCCUAACGCCUUACGAAACAGCGGUUGCUGUAGGUAGAGUAAUGGAGGAAGUAAAGGAAGAUAUGACAACAAAGGUAGAGGGAAAGGACGGUGUUUAUCCAAUGGAUUUCUACGAAGCCGGAAUCAUGUUGCUGCAUUCGUAG